AUGUCCAAAAUACUUCCACCAUUCACAUUAGAAACUGCCCAAAAGAAAGUUAAACUUGCACAAGAUAAUUGGAAUUCAAAAGAUCCAGAACGCAUUGCUCUCGCCUACACUGAAGAUUGUGAAUGGAGAAAUAGAAAUGAAUUCAUUAAGGGAAGAACUGAUAUUAAAAAAUUCCUUAAAAAAAAGUAUGCCAAAGAAUUAGAUUACAAAUUGGAAAAAUAUUUAUUUGCAUUUAUGGAUAACAAAAUUUCAGUUCAUUUUCAAUAUGAAUAUCACAAUGAAAAUGGACAAUGGUUCCGAGCUUAUGGAAAUGAGAAUUGGGAAUUUGAUUGGGAAUCGGGAUUAAUGAUGAAGAGAGAUGCAAGUAUUAAUGAUCUUGCAAUUCAAGAAUCCGAAAGGAAAUUUAAAUAAAUCUAUUGAAGUAUAAUUAUCC